AUGCUAGCUAUGCUUUUGCUUUCCGUGUGCUUGGCCCGUCGCAGGCAAUGGCUGGGUUGUGAAGAUGGAUCCAAGGAUGGCAUUGCUGGCCUCUCUGGGCGCGCCGUGCUGUGCGAGUGCGGUAUCAAGUUCUCCUUAGCUCGCCCAUCACGGUACGGAUACUUUCGCCUGCAUGCUGAGGUCGCAAUAGUCCUGUGGAAGUGUGGAGAGAGGAGGCCAGCCAGCAGCCGCAGAUCGAGUGCAGGCUUGCAGCUCGUUGGUUUGCGUUGCAUUUGUGGUGCUCGCUGCAUCGCCAGGCUUGGCCUGGCCUGCCAAACUGGGCUAAACGAAGAACAAAUCGAAGCUUGA